UGUGUGUGUGUGUGUGUGUGUGUGUGUGUACAGCAUUUUAAAUAAGCUAUACCUAUAAAAUUGUUAAAAGCUUUCUUUCUUUUCUUUUUCUUAGCUUUUUUUGCUUUUCAUUCCUUUCUUUCUUUUUCUGUUUUUAUUUUCUUUUUCAGUUUUUCUGUAACAUUUGCUUUUUGAUUUUCAUUUUCUUUCUUUCUUUCUUUUUUCCAUAUCUUUUCAUGUAGUUAUAUAGUCACCGAUAAACAUGAACAGCUCUCCUGAAAAUUCAGAAGUACACACACACACACACACACACACACAGUAACACUGUCUUUUUGUAGACCCAUCAGUUUUGUCUUUUACUUGUUUUCUCUUAUUCUCUUUGUGUUCAUUAGUCUCACUCUUUGUCUCUCACCUUUCACCUCACUCACUCACUCACUCACUCACUCUCUUCGCUCAUUUGCUGUCUUUCUUUUUUUCUCUCUCUCUCUUUCUCAAUUUUACCUGUCUGUCUCUCCCCAACUGUCUCCCUCUCUUUCCUCCUACAUCUCUCUCUGUCUCUCUCCUUCUCUCCAGACUGAUGGUCAGAAGCAUGUGGGUGGAGUUUUGCUCUCUGAUGCUGAUGAGCAGCAGGUAGGAGGUGGAGACAAGCUCACCAAACUCCGCCCCUCAUGCCAUUCCUUUAUGAAGUGCUGCCUGGUAAAGUGGAUUAUUAACAGCACAGCAGGACAGAUCAUAGAUGAUAGUGCAGAUGCUGAGUUGGAGCUUUCUAUGGUCAGACACCAACCUGAAGGUCUGGAGAAACUUCAAGCUCAAACUAAAUUCACCAGGAAGGAGCUUCAGUCGCUCUACAGAGGCUUCAAAAACGAGUGCCCCAGUGGAUUAGUUGAUGAGGAAACCUUUAAGGUUAUUUAUUCCCAGUUCUUCCCUCAAGGAGAUGCGACCACAUAUGCACAUUUUCUCUUCAACGCCUUUGAUAUGGACCGAAAUGGUUCUAUACAGUUUGAGGACUUUGUGAUUGGACUGUCCGUAUUGCUGCGAGGUUCAGUAACAGAGAAGCUUCACUGGGCGUUUAACUUGUACGACAUUAAUAAAGAUGGAUACGUCACCAAACAGGAAAUGUUGGCCAUCAUAAAAUCCAUCUACGACAUGAUGGGCCGAUACACAUAUCCCAGUGUGAAGGCAGAUGCACCAUUUGAACAUGUGGAGAAAUUUUUCCAGGUAACUGCCUUCAUACAUUCAUACAUUGGUGACACUUUACAAUAACAGGACAUGAAUAAUCCUGCACUAAUACCUGAAUUAAUACUUACUUAAAUGUGAACUAAUGAUGAGUUUAGGAAUGUACUAAUCACGAACUAACCUUAGAGCUAACCUC